GCAACGGCAGCGCGUGCCCGGCAACCCAAACAGAAGGCUUGUUCCUUAUUACUCAGAAACGGAUAAAUUUCUUUAUAUCGGUUUGCUCUGCUUUUUAACGUUUACAAAAAUGAAAACCUUUGAGAAAAUGAAACAGAACACGAAGCUGAAGACUGAAGGAUUCACCGUGAAAUCUACAAUGAAGAACUCGGUGGUGGUGGGUCCUCCUGCAGCCGGAGCGUUCAAGGAGCGUCCUGCAGGACCCACAUCUUUCCGGAAGUUCUACGAGCGUGGAGAUUUCCCCAUCGCCCUGGAGCACGACACCAAGGGCAAUCGCAUCGCCUGGAAGGUAGAGAUUGAAAAGCUGGACUAUCACCACUACCUGCCACUGUUCUUCGACGGCCUGUGCGAGACGUCUCACCCUUACGAGUUCUUUGCCCGGCAGGGUGUACACGACAUGCUGGAACACGGCGGCACCAAAAUCCUGCCGGUCAUCCCUCAGCUCAUCAUCCCUAUAAAGAAUGCUCUGAACACGAGGAACAAGCAGGUGAUCUGCUCCACGCUGAAGGUUCUGCAGCACCUGGUGGUGUCGGGGGAGAUGGUGGGAGAAGCUCUGGUGCCGUACUACAGGCAGCUCCUGCCCAUCCUCAACAUGUUCAAGAACAUGAACAAAAACAGUGGAGACGGCAUUGAUUACAGCCAGCAGAGGCGAGAGAACAUCGGCGAUCUUAUUCAAGAGACACUGGAAGUCUUUGAGCGCUACGGAGGAGAAGAUGCCUUUAUCAACAUCAAAUACAUGGUGCCCACUUAUGAGUCCUGUCUACUCAUCUAACACACACACACCCCUGCUACACUUGAGCCUUAUCCUCCACCUGCUAUAAUUAUAUUAAACUAGUGACCUGAUUCAUCCUCUUAUUCUACUGUGUCUCUUUUGUCUUUUUUGAUUACAGCCUUUUCUGUGA